AUGAUUUCCAUUUCACGGCGUUGGCUCGUUCAAACCCUCCGAGCUAGUAAUAGGAAUUUUGGAACCAGUCACCAGUAUUUGCGAAAAGCCAUUUCAGAUCAAAAUAAUGAAAAAAAGCAUCCCGCGAUUCAUGAGAAUGGACUAUACUAUGGAAAGUUCACAGAAGAAGAGUAUCAAAGCGCAGCAAAAUAUGUUAAGACUAAACUACAAAAGCUUGAAAAUGAGAUCAAAGGAGAGAAAAAUAUAAGAGAAAACAUCGAAGAGUAUCCGAUCGUUCCACUGCCAGCGGAUCGUAGUAGAAAAGUCAAGGUUGAAUCAUUAAGUGAUUUGCUUGCAGAGAUUAUAAAAACUAAUGGACCUUUAUCGUUGCUGGCAUAUAUGCGUCAAUGUUUGACUCAUCCUGACUAUGGCUAUUACACAACCACUAAUCCUUUAGAUAAGUAUACUGGUGACUUUAUAACUUCUCCUGAAAUAUCGUCUGUGUUCGGUGAGAUGAUUGGUAUUUGGCUCUUUAGUACCUGGACGAGCCAAGACAACCCGCAAAACAUCCGCAUCAUCGAGUUUGGUCCUGGAAAGGGUACGUUGAUGUUUGAUGUUGUGCGGACCUUCAACAAGUUAGCCAAGUCAAGAAUCCGGAGUGAUCAGAUCGAGAUUUGUUUGAUUGAGGCGUCCCCAAUUUUGAGAGACGAGCAAGCUGAAUUGUUAUGUGGUAGCAAGUUGAACUCCGCUGAUAUCAAAGACUCGUUUUAUACGAAAUCAUCUAUCUGGGGCAACACAGUGAAGUGGCUCGAAACAGAAAAAGAUAUUCUGGAUGAUGUUCAAUACGCUAACUACAUUCUAGCUCACGAAUUUUUUGAUGCAUUACCGAUCAAAUCUUUUCAGAAGUCUGACUCCGGCUGGAGGGAAUUACUUGUGGAGCAUUCUCCCAGCGUCUUGAAUACACAAGGGGCAUUACCGUCCGGUGGUUCAUCAUCCGAAUUUAGUCCAGAUUUGGAGACUGAUUUUCAUCUCACGGUAUCACCAAAAGAUACACCGUCAUCGUUAAUCCCUGAGUUGAGUAGUCGCUUCAAUGCAUUACCCACAGGUUCUCGAAUAGAAAUCUGCACUGAUGCUGAGCUCUACGCAUUGAAGAUGGCCUCUCUCAUAAAUAAUGAGCAAGGAAAUGGUGCGGCCCUUAUCAUAGAUUAUGGAUUGAAGUCGGGGAUCCCUAGUAAUUCACUUCGAGGGAUAUACAAGCACAAGUUCGUAUCCCCAUUCUUUUCACCUGGAAAAGUAGAUUUAUCAGCAGAUGUCGAUUUUGAAAAUCUCGCAGCGAUCACAGCGAAAGCAUGUCUGUCCUUUGGACCAGUUGAUCAAGGAGAUUGGUUACAUGAAAUGGGAAUUGGGUAUCGAAUUGAUCAAUUACUCAAGUCCAAUGAAGGAAACCCGGCUGAGCAAGAUAAAGUGUAUGCUUCGUAUCGUCGUCUCACCGACAAAAAUGAAAAUAGUAUGGGAGGGGCAUACAAAAUUCUAUGCUUAGUGCCACAUAGUGCUCAGAUGCCUAUUGGCUUUUCUACUUUCUAA